GCGCACUCUGAUUGGUGCAAUGGCCAGAAAAGGAAGCGCCGUUUCCUAGUGAGGGUUAACAUGGACAGCUAGGUUGAGUCAGAAUAACAACAAGCUGGACUUUCCGCCGUCGGUCGCAGAGUUGGCGGGUUUGGGCGCAGUGUCGGCGGAUCGGGACGUGGUUUCCAGGACUCUGGUCCCUGAAGGACUGCGUGAAACUAGCAUUCUUCUCUGAGCUUUGCGUCGCUUCUGAGGAGCCAGCAGCAUGCUAGCUUAGCUCAGGGAUUUCUGUUUGCAGCUUGGAUGGUCAAAGUCAGCGCACAGAGCUGCGGGAGGAGCGGGCUGCUUUCCUCUGCUUCUUCUCCGGAAGGGACCGCAUGUGCGGCGGGGACAGCGGCAGCUAGCUGACGGUCGGCUCACCUGUCAACAGCGAGCGAUGGGGCUCUGGAGGGCUCUGCCCGCCCGGAGGCUUCGUGCUCUGACCCUUCUGCUCGUAAUCUCCAUCAAGCUGGUGUCUGCAGAGGAAGAUCGGUACCGGGAGGAUCAUGGAAAGGAGGAGCUGAAGUCUUACCAUGAUCCAGACUCUGAGGAGGACGUCCAUGCCAUGACAGGCUCCUCCCCUUCUCACCCUGAGGAAAACAAGCUGUCGUCUGUGGAGGGAGUGGAGGAGGAGAGCCUCCCUGACCCCCCAGCUCCUGUUAAAGACAAAGUCAAAGAGGUUCCUGUGGUAAACGGGGGGACAGCCCACGGGGAGCCCUGCCUCUUCCCCUUCUCCUUCCAGGGGAGGGAGUACUCUGACUGCACCACUGACGGACGGAGGGACGGACGCCUGUGGUGCGCCACAACCUACGACUACGACGCCGAUAAGAAGUGGGGUUUCUGUGAGACGGAAGAGCAGGUCCAGCAGAGGCUGCAGGCGGAGGAGGCGGAGGAGGAGUACCAGAGCGUGCUGCGCAUGUUGAAUGGAACCAGCAGGAAGGCUCAGAAGAGGGAACUUUAUGAGAAGCUGCUGAAGAUCACAGAGAAAGGCCACCAGAAAGCCACGGAGAAGGUUGCUUAUGCCAUGCUGUUCGGAGACUACAUCAACCAAAAUGUCACCAAAGCCAAAGAACUGUUUGAGAAACUUGCCAUUGAUGGAUCUCCCAAAGCUCAGAUGGCUCUGGGUUUUCUGUACGCAGCAGGACUCGGGGUGAACUCCAGUCAAGCUAAGGCUUUGGUUUACUACACGUUUGGUGCGCUGGGGGGAAACCUGUUGGCCCAUAUGAUUCUGGGAUACAGGUACUGGGCCGGCGUGGGCGUUCCCCAAAGCUGCGAGUCGGCACUAACGCAUUACAGGCUGGUGGCAAACCAAGUGGCCAACGACGUGUCGCUGACGGGGGGGUCAGCAGUGCAGAGGAUUCGAUUGCUGGAUGAGGUGGAGAAUCCGGGCUCAACCAGCGGGAUGCUGGAGGAGGAUCUCAUCCAGUACUAUCAGUUUCUGGCUGAGAAAGGAGACGUGCAGGCCCAGGUGGGUCUGGGUCAGCUUCACCUGCAUGGAGGCCGUGGAGUGGAGCAGAAUCACCAGAGGGCGUUUGACUACUUCACCCAGGCUGCUAACGCAGGAAACACACAUGCCAUGGCGUUCCUGGGCAAGAUGUAUUCAGAGGGCAGCGCGUUUCUCCCUCAGAACAACGAGACGGCCUUGCAGUACUUCAAGAAGGCGUCUGAUUUGGGUAACCCGGUGGGACAGAGCGGCCUGGGCAUGGCUUACCUGUAUGGAAGGGGGGUCCCGGUGAACUACGAGCUGGCUCUGAAAUACUUCCAGAAGGCGGCGGAGCAGGGCUGGGUGGACGGGCAGCUGCAGCUGGGCACCAUGUACUACAAUGGCAUCGGCGUCAAGCGGGAUUACAAGCAGGCCCUUAAAUUCUUCAACCUGGCCUCUCAGGCUGGUCACAUCCUGGCUUUCUAUAACCUGGCGCAGAUGCACGCCACUGGGACUGGGGUGAUGCGCUCGUGCCACACUGCAGUAGAGCUUUUUAAGAACGUGUGUGAACGUGGCCGCUGGUCAGAGCGCUUGAUGACGGCCUACAGCAGCUUCAAGGAGGGGGACGCCGAGUCUGCGCUGGUCCAGUACCUGCUGCUGGCUGAGCAGGGCUACGAGGUGGCCCAGAGCAACGUGGCCUUCCUUCUGGAGCAAAAAGGAGCAAAGAUGUUCAGUGAGAAUGAGACGUACCCUCGAGCUCUCCUCCACUGGACCAGAGCUGCUGCACAAGGGUACACUGUGGCGAGGAUAAAGCUGGGCGACUACCACUUCUAUGGCUUCGGGACAGAUGUGGACUAUGAGACGGCAGUCAUUCACUACAGACUGGCCUCGGAGCAGCAGAACGGCGCUCAGGCCAUGUUCAACCUGGGAUACAUGCAUGAGAAGGGCCUGGGGAUCAAACGGGACAUCCACUUGGCCAAGCGUUUCUAUGACAUGGCUGCUGAGGCCAGUCCUGACGCCCAGGUCCCGGUCUUCCUGGCUCUGUGCAAGCUGGGCCUUGUGUACACCCUGCAGUACCUGCAGGAUCUCAACGUGAAGGAGGUCAUCACUCAGGUUGACCUGGACCAGCUUCUGGGCCCAGAGUGGGAUCUCUACCUGAUGACUGUCAUCGCGCUGCUGCUGGGUACGGUCAUUGCCUACCGGCAGCGGCAGCACCAGAUCAUACUGCUGCCCCGGCCCCCCGCCCCCGCUCCUCCAGCUGCCCCUGCAGUAGUGCAGGACCAGCCGCCAGCGCAGGCUAUGGAUGGGGCUCAGGAGGAAACGCCAGCCCAAGGCCCGGUUCAGGAGGAGGAGGAGCAGCACUGAGAGGAGGCCUACGCCACACCCAAAUACCGCUCUGCCCCCCCCUGCCAGACACCAGACUGCCAGCAGGCUGUGCAGAGGAGGGCUGGGAGACUCAGGAUGGCGGCCUUGUCACCAUGGAAACAGCGAUGGAAGAUUCCCCGGCUUUCAUCCUGACGCUCUGCAGAGUUUGGACAUCUUCAGCACGUCUCCUCCAUCAGUUUCAGACUUUUAGUUCUAGUGUUUUUCUGAGUGAGCUGCUUCCUCUCUGUUUUUGGUCCCCUUGUUCAGUUGCUUUCAGAGCUGGGAUCUGCUGAAGCCCCGCCCCCGUCCGCCGUGGACAGUCUGAUCCCACCUAAACUUAACUGGAGGAUUUGUGAAGGAGGACUAUGCUGGACAUCCGUCUGCUCCUCUGGAGCUCAGAGGGAUUCAGACUGCCGGGAUGCUCUAGUGGAUCCAGCACGGAUGUGGAAUUUGUCCCGAUAGUUAAAUCUCUUCCAUCCAUGCGUUUGUUUGUUUUUAGUUUGUUGCUGUAGGAGUGCUGGAUGCGUGCAUGAGGACAGGAUUCUGUGGGACACUGCUCUGGUUGCAUUUUUACCAUCACCGUUACGGGUUUCUAAUAAAUGAGUGAAUGAAAUGA